AUUAGUGAAUGCACUGCAUCUCUCUGCAGUGAAGAGAAGCGACAAGGUAGGCUGUCAUUCUGCAAAAGCUGCUUUGAACAGGCUUUCCUCUGAAAAGCAGUGCAGUUCCUUUUUAUAAAGACUGAAUCUAAACGUUGUCUCUGGAGACAAGAAGCCUUCAGUAUGUUAAAUGACUUUAUUAUGUAUUUUCGGAUGCUUAUUGAUUCCACAGUAGGAAGAGUGAGAGACUGCAGCAGCCUCUAAGCAGCCUUACACGUUCCAUACAUUAGCAGUACUGCUGAAACAAUGGCACAGUACAGACACAUAUUUUCAUUAAGGUCAUUUCUGAAGAGGUGUUUAUAACCCUCUUCCCCCAGUUCUCUACAAACAAGUGAACAAAAUGAAUCAAUCAAAACUGGAAAUGCUUCAACUACAUCAAGAAUUUAUCAAAUCCUUAGCAAAGGGCCCAUAGCAGCUAAGUCAGUAUUUACAACCAACAAUCUGAAGAUUGCAACUGACUGAGAAUCUUCCUAGCUCUCUGAACCACAAACUACAAGAUAUUUCUCCUAAGAAACUAAGGAGUUAAAACCAGGGAAUAGCUCUAUAUUACUGCUGGAAUAUAACAAAUCUACAGUAUACUAAGAAGAUGCUACAAAUAAUAACCACAAAAGGAAACACAAUAUGAUUACAAAAGCCUGGGGUGAAAAUAGUGAGCAUUUUUAAAGGGGGAGUUUAACACACCAGAAUCGUGGAAGCUAUGGAUUCCUGAAGAAACAAUGAAAUAUGAGUUUCAAAAAAGAGAAUGACUAAUUUCACCAACAAGCAAAAUGAACCUUAUGUUUCCUACACUAUUCAGCUAUUCAUAUCAAUUGAUGUGACUAAUGGAUUUUUCCAUCUGAGCUUUAUGACCAAUUAUGUAUCCUCUUCUAAUGAAAACAAACCAAAUUAAAUAGCACAUGGUUUUCAUCAAAACAACCUGGACUGGAUUUUAAUAUAAAGAAAUUAUGUGAUCAAGAAGUAAUUUCAAAACCAUGAGGACUGGUAUACAAAAAGAUUUACAAAUGUAACAAAAGGAUGUCUAAAUACAUUUUAGAAGCUAGAAAACUUACAUUUCCUUUUUUGUUUUCACAUAUUCUGGAAAAUAAAGGGACACUAUCAUAUAUUCCCUCAAAGGAAAAUUUCUAUCAUUUGAGGAAGUUUCUCUUGGUCGUGACUUUCUAAGGCAAAACAAACACAAAUAUUAUGUACUGUUCUUUAGAAAUCCAUCAGCUAACUAAAUUUCAUAAUUUAUGCAGUUGAAGUACUGGAGAGAAAAUGAAAGAAUUCCUGCAAGACAUGAAAUAAAACACAGCUACUUCACUGCUGUCAGGUAAAAAUUCAUGUCAAAAUCUGUCAAUGAUAUCAUGUAUCAAUUUAUGAAACUUUGCCAUAGUGAACCAAAAGGCCCAUAAGGCAUCAGCAAACAGGGAAAAAGCCAACUGCUCCAAAAGAAUGUGUUUUUCUCCCAUUCUGGAAAUCAACAUGCAGUCUGAAUCUAACAUUACAGUGCGAGAUGACAUUGAUGACAUCAAUACCAAUAUGUACCAAGCACUAUCAUAUCCACUAAGCUUUCAAGUGUCUCUCACAGGAUUUCUUAUGUUAGAAAUUGUGCUGGGACUUGGCAGCAACCUUACCGUAUUGGUACUUUACUGCAUGAAAUCCAACUUAAUCAACUCUGUCAGUAACAUUAUUACAAUGAAUCUUCAUGUACUUGAUGUAAUAAUUUGUGUGGGAUGUAUUCCUCUAACUAUAGUUAUCCUUCUGCUUUCACUGGAGAGUAACACAGCUCUCAUCUGCUGUUUCCAUGAGGCUUGUGUUUCUUUUGCAAGUGUCUCAACAGCAAUCAACGUUUUUGCUAUCACCUUGGACAGAUAUGACAUCUCUGUAAAACCUGCAAACCGAAUUCUGACGAUGGGCAGAGCUGUAAUGUUAAUGAUAUCCAUUUGGAUUUUUUCUUUUUUCUCAUUCUUAAUUCCCUUUAUGGAAGUAAAUUUUUUCAGUCUUCAAAGUGGAAAUACAUGGGAAAACAAGACACUUUUGUGUGUCAGUACAAAUGAAUACUACACUGAACUUGGAAUGUAUUAUCACCUUCUAGUACAGAUCCCAAUAUUCUUUUUCACAGUCAUAGUAAUGUUAAUCACAUACACCAAGAUACUUCAGGCUCUUAAUAUUCGAAUAGGCACAAGAUUUUCAACAGGGCAGAAGAAGAAAGCAAGAAAGAAAAAGACGAUUUCUCUAACAACACAACAUGAGACUACAGACAUGUCACAAAGCAGUGGUGGGAGAAAUGUAGUCUUUGGUGUAAGAACUUCAGUUUCUGUAAUAAUUGCCCUCCGGCGAGCUGUGAAACGACACCGUGAACGGCGAGAAAGGCAGAAAAGAGUCUUCAGAAUGUCAUUACUGAUUAUUUCUACAUUUCUUCUCUGUUGGACACCAAUUUCUGUUUUAAAUACCACUAUUUUAUGUUUAGGCCCAAGUGACCUUUUAGUAAAAUUAAGAUUGUGUUUUCUAGUCAUGGCUUAUGGAACUACUAUAUUUCAUCCUCUACUAUAUGCAUUCACUAGACAAAAAUUUCAAAAAGUCUUGAAAAGCAAAAUGAAAAAAAGAGUUGUUUCCAUUGUGGAAGCUGAUCCCAUGCCUAAUAAUGCUGUAAUACACAACUCUUGGAUAGAUCCUAAAAGAAAUAGAAAGAUUACAUAUGAAGAUAGUGAAAUAAGAGAGAAAUGUUUAGUACCUCAGGUUGUCACAGACUAGGGAAAAGUCUAAUUUUCACCAAAUCCACAUUCAGAGGAGUUUUAGAUUUGAAUUGUAAAAAAAAAAAAAAUGAUCUUACUGCCAAAUAUAAAAAAGAAAACAUUUUAAGUAACGGUUAUGUUGUAAAUUUUCAAUGUGAAUGUCAAUUAGAUUAGCUCAUAUAUAUUCAAUUUCUUCAUUACUUAAUGUAUUUGUUGCAUGGCAGUUUGUUAAAGUAAAUAUCAUGUGUAUAUUUUGUCAAUAUUAUGUCCAUCAGAAGAUGUUCAUGUAAGUCAUAUUUUCUAAAGAAUAAAUACAUAGCCUUAAAACAGUGUAUAACUUUAAAAAGUAACUGACACAGGUAUUUACUUUUUAAAAAAAAUAUAUGAAGUGUAUUGUUUCUAAGCCACAAACUAUAAAGAUAUAUUUAUAUGAUGACAACUGGAAUAGCAUUUAACAUAAAAACAAAAAUUAUAGGCUCAAAACAAUUCAAGAUUUUCUAGGUUAUAUUUCCUGAUAGAGUAUACUUGCUAUAAUGUUUGAUGCAUCCAAAAUAAUGAAGUGUGGUUAAAACUUCAUUCUUUCUUUUGAAUGUAGAAAAUCAUAGGAUUUAUUAGUAUUUUAAAAUUCAUACACCAAAAAUCAAACAUCCCCAUAUAUGCACACCAACAUAUGGAGAUUUUAAAAUUCAAGUUUACUAUUAAAAAGAAAAGACUGAUUUCCUAGAUCAAGGAUACUAUACCUAUAAAGUACAAAUGAACUGACAACAAAGGGAAGGAAGAAAAAGCUACAAAGCUUCCUUCUUCACUUUGCUUGAUUCUAAGCCAAAUGUUCUAGGUAAACACAGAAUACUGGUGAAAAACAGUGCACUAAAAUAAAGUUACUUUUGAACUUUAUUCAAUUCAAUUCUGUUUGCAUAACAAGUUAAUUAUACAAAUCUAACUAUUAGGAAGAGAAAAAAAGACUUUUAUAUCAUUGUAGGAAAGCCUAACAAAGCCACCUGUUUCUAAUUUUAGAUACAUAGCAACUUUAGAGCAAUACAAAUUUACACAAUGUUCUUAAGCAAUCAUAGCUCCUAGUUCUUCAAAAUAUCAUUGUUUCCACAAUGAAAAUCGUUAAGGAACAACAAAUUUCACUUUUUCUACUCCACCACACAUAAUUUAACUUUAUGAAUUUUUCUCUCCAAUCCUGAAUUCAUGUAAGGAAGAUAUGAAAUUACCAAUUCUAACUACAGAUGAUAAGGAUUGGAAAUUUCAUAUCAAACAUAUUUUCCAACUGGUGUAAUGUAAUAAUCUGGCAAUGAGAAGUAAUAUCACUAUGAGAAAAUUAGCAAUAGGUUAUAUAAAAUAGGCAAGUACCUGCUAUACUGUAAUUGGUUAGCUAAACAAUGGUUAUUCUAUUUUUUAACACUGUAUCCACUAAAUGAAGUAAUAGUUCAUUUUUACAUUUAAAAAUAUAGAUUCAAUAAUAUAUCACUUUUAGAUAAAUAAAUGGGAUUCAUUCAAUCUAGUUUACUAAAUACCCUAAUCCCUGGGAAAUGAGAACCAUGCAAUAAUUUGAAUUCACUGAGAUUACUAGCAAAUUAAAUAGCAAUUUAUUUCUGAUAAUAAUGCUAACAUAAUGUCAAAUCUUGGCAAAGGCCCAGUUUCCUUCUGCUGUAUUUUCUACCGUUUUAUGGAAUUGGAGAAAUGCUUCAAUUUGAUGAAAUGUAGCAUAAGCAAGUAAGACUUAUUUUUUAAAACCCUGAAGAGAAACUAACUUCGUGGACACAAGUAUUAAGGAAAGCUUUAUUCAAUAAAUAUAUUUGCCACAAUA